CAGCAGUUGGCCCAAAGGAGCGGCGCGCGUCUCUCAAAUCGGACGCAUGGAAGCCAUAAAUACUGAAAAACUAUUGUAAAUCCUUCAAAAGUUGUGCAAAGUGCUUAAUUCAAAGUGUGUUCAUUCAUAUUUCUUUAAUUGCCAGUCGAUUCAGCGAGGCCAGCAUGUGACGAGCCGUGGGAAAAUGCAAUUUCCACCAGCACAGCGCUAAACGGGCCGGAAAAGCGGAGAAGCGGAAAAGCGGGAAAGCGGUAAAGCUAGGGACUGCAGGUGGGCGAGGAGCAGAGAAGAGCAGUGAAGAGCCGUAGGUAGAGCGCAGAUUUCGCUUUUUCUGGCCCCGGACUGAGUGCAGAUCCAGAGUUCGGCUGGCUAAGCUCGUGCCGCGAUCGGCGUACACUGCCACGCCUCCAGGCACCACGCCCCCGCCCCUGUCACGCCCCCCGCACCGCAAGAUGGACCGCAGCGGGAGCUCCGAUUUCGGAGGAGCAGCUGCCACGACGGGCCGCUCGAAUCCCGCGCCCUGGAGCGACGACAAGGAGUCGCCCAACAACGAGGACGACUCCAACGAGGACGAUGGCGACCACUCAACGCCCGCCAAGGUCACCGAUCCACUGGCCCCCAAGUUGGCCAACAACGAGCGCAUUUUGGUGGUGUCCGUGACGGAGCGAACUCGGGAGACCUGGGGACAGAAGGCGGAGUUCCUCCUGGCCGUAAUUGGGUUCGCGGUGGAUCUGGGCAACGUGUGGCGCUUCCCGUACAUUUGCUAUCAGAACGGAGGCGGCGCCUUCCUGGUUCCCUACUGCCUCUUCCUCAUCUUCGGCGGACUGCCCCUCUUCUACAUGGAGUUGGCGCUGGGCCAGUUCCACCGAUGUGGCUGCCUCAGCAUUUGGAAGCGCAUCUGUCCGGCCCUAAAAGGCGUGGGCUAUGCGAUCUGCCUCAUCGACAUAUAUAUGGGCAUGUACUACAACACCAUCAUUGGGUGGGCGGUGUACUACCUCUUCGCCUCGUUCACCUCCAAGUUGCCGUGGACGUCGUGCGACAAUCCCUGGAACACGGAGAACUGCAUGCAGGUGACCAGUGAGAACUUCACGGAACUGGCCACCUCGCCAGCCAAGGAGUUCUUCGAGCGGAAAGUUCUCGAGAGCUACAAGGGCAAUGGGCUGGACUUCAUGGGUCCGGUGAAGCCGACGCUGGCACUCUGCGUCUUCGGCGUCUUUGUGCUGGUGUACUUCUCCCUGUGGAAGGGAGUGCGCAGUGCCGGGAAAGUGGUGUGGGUCACCGCCUUGGCUCCCUACGUGGUGCUAAUCAUCCUGCUGGUCAGAGGAGUUUCCCUGCCCGGCGCGGAUGAGGGCAUCAAGUACUACCUAACCCCCGAGUGGCACAAGCUGAAGAACUCCAAGGUCUGGAUCGACGCCGCAUCGCAGAUAUUCUUCUCCCUGGGCCCCGGAUUCGGAACCCUGCUGGCCCUGUCCAGCUACAACAAGUUCAACAACAACUGCUAUCGGGAUGCCCUCAUCACCAGCAGCAUCAACUGCCUGACCAGUUUCCUGGCCGGCUUUGUCAUCUUCUCCGUUCUGGGGUACAUGGCCUACGUCCAAAAGACCUCCAUCGACAAGGUGGGCCUGGAGGGUCCGGGGCUGGUGUUCAUCGUCUAUCCGGAGGCCAUAGCCACGAUGAGUGGCUCGGUGUUCUGGAGCAUCAUCUUCUUCCUGAUGCUGAUUACCCUGGGACUGGACAGCACCUUCGGCGGAUUGGAGGCGAUGAUAACAGCGCUCUGCGACGAGUAUCCGCGGGUGAUUGGCAGGCGGCGGGAGCUGUUCGUCCUGCUGCUCCUGGCCUUCAUCUUCCUGUGCGCCCUGCCCACGAUGACCUACGGCGGCGUGGUGCUGGUCAACUUCCUGAAUGUCUACGGACCGGGAUUGGCCAUUCUUUUUGUGGUCUUCGUGGAGGCAGCCGGAGUCUUCUGGUUCUACGGAGUGGACCGCUUCAGCUCGGAUGUGGAACAGAUGCUGGGCAGCAAGCCAGGCCUGUUCUGGCGGAUCUGCUGGACGUACAUUAGUCCUGUGUUCCUGCUGACCAUAUUCAUUUUCUCCAUCAUGGGCUACAAGGAGAUGCUCGGCGAGGAGUACUACUACCCGGACUGGAGCUACCAGGUGGGCUGGGCGGUCACCUGCUCGUCGGUGCUCUGCAUCCCCAUGUACAUCAUCUACAAGUUCUGCUUCGCGUCGAAGGGCGGAUGCCGCCAGAGGCUGCAGGAGUCCUUCCAGCCGGAGGAUAGCUGCGGAUCGGUGGUGCCGGGCCAGCAGGGCACCUCGGUGUGAC